AUUUUACUCAGAAACGAAGAAAACGUCAGCUGGUAUUCGAACUUGAAUUUUGCAUGGGCAGAGGAUAUUUUUCGAAGGAAUGCGAAUAACAAUUGACUUUAAGAGUGAAACCUAAUUAUCUACAGUCUGUCAGAUCUGAAGAAUAUCUUAUUCCCUGACUGUGUGUUGAUAUUGUUUUCCCAGUAAUAUUCGAUUGUAUGAAGUGUUUUGAAAUUCCGUUUCGACAUUUAAAAGGAAUCAUAUUCUCUGUCGCUUUAGUUUCGUUUUCUGUAUUUGGAUACGAAAUGAGUUCGUUUGGACGUUUCCACGGGAGGAGCAAUCAGGAGCUCAUUCAAUACCUCAAAAAUUGUAGCAUCAUUAAGUCUGAUCGAGUUUACACAGCUAUGAAAGCUGUGGAUAGAGGAAACUAUACCUCGUCCAAUAAUCCAUACAUAGAUGCACCGCAAGGGAUUGGUUACGGAGUUACCAUAAGUGCUCCACACAUGCAUGCUUAUGCCUUGGAAUUGCUGAAUGAGAAACUACGAGAAGGCGGUAGAGCUUUGGACGUUGGCUCUGGAUCUGGUUAUCUGACAGCUUGUUUAGCUAUAAUGCUUGGACCCAACGGAGUGGCAGUAGGAAUCGAUCAUAUUCCAGAACUUCAACAAAUGGCGAUUAGAAAUAUUCAAAAGGUUAAUCCAGAGCUGCUAAGCAGUGGCCGUGUCAAGCUUCUUGUUGGAGAUGGACGACAAGGAUGUCCCACCGAAGCACCUUAUGACGCUAUACACGUUGGUGCAGCAGCUAAAGAAAUGCCAAAAGCCCUGAUAGAUCAAUUGGCUCCGGGUGGUCGUCUUAUAGUUCCUAUAGGCCCUGAAAAUGGCGAUCAAACUUUGGUACAAGUUGAUAAAACUGUGGAUGGACAAAUUAAACGUAAAUUCCUCAUGGGAGUUGCUUUUGUCCCAUUGACUGACCGGGAACGUCAAUGUCGAUUUCAAUAAAUCUGUAUCAUUUUAUUAUUUAUUUGCUACCUUUUUAUUAAGUAUUAUGAAUAAUAUAUUGUAAACACUAUUAAUCCUUAAGAAUUUUCCUGAUUUUUAUUUUGACAACGUUUAUCGCAUAAUUUGAAACUGUUUAAUACGAUACAACGGAUCCAUAAUAAUUUCAAGAUUUGUACAAUAUUAAAUAUUUAUAAAAUAAAUUGUCUCACUCCAUCAGA